GGAGCUGAGAGAAACCGGCGUUUGCUUAGAGAGAAUUUCUGCUCAUAAUAUCUUUUGCGGAUUUUUCCAUUACGGGAUUUUCCUUUCUUCCUUUUUCUGUUUGAUUAUGAGGAUAAUCUGUAGGGUUUCGCCUCGAGAUUUUGAUUCUACUUGAUUCACUGAUCGUUCGUUUGCUUUGGAUUGAAACUGUGUUUUUGUUUUCCCGGGAAAAUUCGACGCCAUGGGAAAGCUUUCGUUCAAGGAUUCGCUUAAAGCGCUUGAAGCCGAUGUUCAGUAUGCCAAUACUCUUGCUUUAGACUGUCCAAGAGAGAGUGAUGGGGCUUGUGUUCAAAUGAGAUUAUCAUACAGCCCUGCUGCUCCCUUUUUUCUUUUUCUUGUUCAAUGGACUGAUUGUUACCUUGCUGGUGCAUUGGGGCUGUUAAGAAUCCUUAUCUAUGUGACUUAUCCAGAUGGAAAGACCACCAUGGCCAUUUAUGAGCGUAAAGCUAGCAUUAGAGAAUUUUAUGUGGUAAUCUUCCCUUCUCUUCUGCAACUUCAAAGGGGCAUCACAGAAUUGGAAGAUAGAAAACAAAAAGAGGUCUGCAAUGCCAGAUACAAAAGAAGGGAUGAAAUUGGAAGGGGGAAACUCUCAGAAAUCGACAUAGAAAGAGAAAAGGAGUGUGGAAUUUGCAUGGAGAUUAACACCAUGGUUGUCUUGCCCAACUGCAACCAUUCUUUGUGCUUGAUGUGUUAUCGAGACUGGCGCAAUCGUUCUCAGUCGUGUCCGUUCUGUCGGGAUAGCCUCAAGAGAGUCAACUCCGGCGACCUCUGGAUCUUCACAGAUAAGAGUGAAAUGAUUGAUCUAACUUCGAUUUUGCAGGACAACCGCAAGAGACUAUUUGCAUACAUUGAGAAGCUGCCAUUGGUUGUUCCUGAUCCAGUGUUUCUUCCUCUUGAUUCUCAUAUUAGGUGAGAGAAGGAGGGACACCCUUUUCAAUCUGUGAGUAUUAGAUGAACUUUCUGUAUAUAUAAUUAUAGCUUGGUGAAGAUCAGUUUGGAAAUGUAAAAAGGUUUCUCUGCCUGAUGUUAGGAAAGGAUGUUGCUAAUUUUCAGUUUUUUAGCUUAUGAAUGUGAAUGCUUUUGGUUCA